AUGGCAGCUGUACUGGAGGAGAAUGGUUGCAGCCCCCCUCCUGGGGUGUGUGGUCAGGACUCGGAUGUGGAGCCCGGGGACAAUGCCCGCCAUAAGCUGGAGUCUCUUCUGAACAGAAAUAUGCGGAUUGAGAUGACAGAUGGCCGUUCCCUGAUUGGCUGCUUCCUCUGCACUGACCGGGACUGUAACGUCAUCCUCGGUUCAGCCCAGGAAUUCCUUCGUCCAUCAGGUGAGACCCCAUCGGACAUUUAA